AUGCCUGCACACAUUCACAAUUAUCAGGUCGACUUCCACCACGAUAUCACUCCCAGCGCUCUGCGACUCUCGGACCGACGGUUGAAAGCACAGCUGGACAUGCCGUAUCGCGACUGCGGGCCCUACACAGACGUCCUAGACGCGACCCACAACUUGAACUGUCAGAAAGCGGUUGUCAAAGUCUUUCGGAUUGGAAAGCUCUCUCCUCAUCACCGACAUGUACUGACUAAGAGGCUAGAAAAUGUGUUGGCGGAGUGGAAGAAGCAUCAUACGCACCCUAACAUUUCCAGAGUGACGGGAAUGGUUCUCGGUUUCUGGGACCUUCCCGGUAUCGAAAUGCCUUUGUACAGCAACGGGAAUGCAUCCAAUUAUCUCAAGGCCCUCCCAAAUGUCGACAAGCACCGCUUGAUCUGUGGGAUUGCUGAGGGACUAAACCACCUGCAUUCCCAACAACCGCCCAUCAUACACGGCAUGGUGUGCGCGACGAACAUCUUAAUCUCUGACUCGGGCGCCCCUCUGCUGACUGACAUUGGUCUCGGAACAAUUCCUCUAGAAGCUGUCGGAGUUUCGCCGUUCCAAGGUGACAAGUAUUCUCGACAUCUUCAGAAAGUUAGGUGGCUUGCCCCCGAGAUAAUUGAUCCAGAGAACGUGGGUCCCCCUGAUAUUAGUACGAGCUUAAACGAUUGCACACCAUCGACAGAUGUCUACAGCUUUGGGAUGACUAUCCUGGAGCUAUUCACCGAGAAGGUGCCAUACCACCAUGUCAGAUCUACUCCUGCUGUAAUCAACGAAAUAAACAACCGCCGCCAUCCAGGCCGAUUGUACUGCACCGAGGUGCCUGACGAGCUAUGGUGCAUCCUUGAAAGCUGCUGGAGUCAUAACGCGAAGGAGCGACCAACCACUGCGGUCCUGCGCUCGCGGAUAGGGGCUCUCGGCAUACACGGCAGCGGCCGGAGGGCUUAG